GGAGAAGAGGGGGAAAGCGAGAGAGAGAGAGAGAGAGAGGGGGGAGAGCGAUUUCCUUCUCUCACCUUUUUCCCCCAAAAUUUCCUCUUCCCCUCUCUUGAUCUCUCCCAAAUCUAAUCAGGGGGGAGGAGGAGGAGAGGAUUGAGGAAGAAGGGGGCGGCUACGAUCGCCGUCGUACCCUUUGAUCGCUCGAUAUUUUAUCAUUAGGUCGUGAAGCGGUGUAAAUCUCUAACUUUGGGGUACUACAGUUUGAAAAGGUUCUCUGCAGUAGACAUGCUCGCAUAACUCAUUGAAUUGGAUUGUUGAUUUCCAUCUGAAAGAUGGCUUCAGUAAGUGUGGCGCCUUCUUCCGGGCUCGUAGAUGCCAGUGGUAUAAACAUUGGUGUUGACAGAUUGCCAGAUGAAAUGAAUGAGAUGAAAAUAAGCGAUGAUAAAGAAGUUGAAGCAACAGUGGUUGAUGGGAACGGGACAGAAACUGGUCAUAUAAUUGUCACAACUAUAGGUGGCAGAAAUGGCCAACCAAAAAAGACUAUAAGUUACAUGGCUGAGCGUGUCGUCGGACAUGGAUCAUUUGGAGUUGUCUUCCAGGCAAAAUGUCUGGAGACAGGUGAAACAGUAGCUAUAAAGAAGGUUCUUCAGGACAAGAGGUACAAGAACCGUGAGCUGCAAAUCAUUCGCCUUCUUGACCACCCCAAUGUCAUCUGUCUGAAGCAUUGCUUUUUUUCAACGACUGAUAAGGAUGAGCUUUAUCUCAAUUUGGUGCUCGAAUAUGUUCCUGAGACUGUUCACCGUGUUGUGAAGCACUACAACAAAAUGAACCAGCGUAUGCCGCUGAUAUAUGUCAAGCUUUACAUGUACCAGAUAUGUAGAGCGCUGGCAUAUCUUCAUACCACCAUUGGAGUUUGUCACAGAGAUAUCAAGCCACAGAAUCUGCUGGUGAAUCCACAUACUCACCAGCUGAAAAUAUGUGACUUUGGGAGCGCAAAAGUCUUGGUGAAAGGGGAACCAAAUAUAGCAUACAUCUGUUCUAGAUACUAUAGAGCUCCAGAGCUUAUAUUUGGGGCAACGGAGUACACAACAGGAAUCGACAUCUGGUCAGCUGGUUGUGUCUUUGCUGAACUCCUGCUUGGACAGCCUUUGUUUCCUGGCGAGAGUGGAGUUGACCAACUUGUUGAAAUCAUUAAGGUUCUAGGUACUCCUACCAGAGAAGAAAUCAAAUGUAUGAAUCCUAACUACACCGAAUUUAAGUUCCCGCAAAUUAAAGCUCACCCAUGGCAUAAGAUAUUCGGUAAAAGAAUGCCACCUGAAGCUGUGGAUCUCGUCUCUAGGUUUCUCCAGUACUCUCCGAACUUGCGAUGCACUGCUUUGGAGGCAUUAAUUCAUCCAUUUUUCGAUGAACUUCGCGACCCAAAUAGCCGCCUACCCAACGGUCGUUUUCUUCCCCCUCUCUUUAAUUUCAAGCCUCAUGAGUUGAAGGGAGUGCCGAUGGAGACUCUAUUGAAGUUGGUUCCCGAGCACGCAAGAAAACAAUGUGCUUUUCUUGGGCUAUAAGACGGCUUUAAGAUUGCUACCUGAGAAUAGCCCAUCUACAUCUGAAUCAAGGCAAUUACCGUCUUUCCCGUCCUGUGAAGUAGAGACUGUUUUCCCAAAACCUCAAUGGGUUUCUUUUAGUACUCGAUUGAGAUCGAUAUAAUAGAUCUGUAACAUUAUGUAGAAGCUGAAAGAACGGAUUUGUUCAGUUUGUUUUCACUUAAUGUGUUCAGAUGCCCUUUGAGAUUGUAUCCGUGCUUAUUAUCAGUAGUUUGGGAACCCAUAUGAUAUUUGGGGUUCUCUAAAGCACAAUAUUGUUUCUUCCCUUUUUCUGUCUUUCGGACCUUACGAUCUGGCGCUUUGAGUUGCUCUUAUUAUGCUAUGUUCCAAGAAGGGCCCGCCAGUCUUAUAUUCUCUGUGAUUUUAGGCAAUAUUAUUCGGCCUAUUAUGAUC